AGGAAGUGGUUUCACUUGGCCAAUUCCUGGAGUGACAGUAGAGUCGAGUCAUCAGGCUUUAAUUGACUCAAUGAAUCAUGCAUCAAUCGAUUAAAAUCAAUCAGUAUAACAAUCCCAAGUAAUUACAAUCAAGAUCCCUAACAAUGCCAGGUUCUCGCGAUCGACCUUCUUUUACCUCCAAAUGUCCCAAAACUUGCCCCAAGGCCAUAUUUACGUACUAGGACCUGAAAUACGACAAGAGAACACAACCUAGCGUAAAAUAGGCCAAAGAAUGACCAAUCACUAAGCUAAACGAUCAAGAAAUGAUGGAGAAAACAUGUGCAAAUACGGUGUUAUCAAAGGCCCCACGCGCGAGUCAACCAUAGGGGCAAUCAUUGAAGAUGCAGAGGGGGAAGGAAGUUGGAUGGCGCCAAUGACAUGCCAAUGACAUUCACGUUCUAGCUGCGCCCAUGCGGGGGAAUGUGGGCGCAUGGCCAUUAUGGCAGUGGGGUAUGGACCUAUUGGGGACAUUCCCCAAAGUGCCCGGGCAGAUGAAGUACUUGAUAGUGGCGGUGGACUACUUCUCCAAGUGGAUUGAAGCUGAGCCCCUUGCGUCCAUAACGCAGGUGCAGGUGCAUCGGUUCACAAACAAGAACAUCUUCACUCGGUUUGGGCUACCAGAGGCAAUCGUAACCGAUCAUGGAAAUCAGUUUGAUUGCAAGCAGUUUAUAGACUUCUGCGACGAUAAGGGGGUGAUAUUGCACUUCUCAUCGAUGGCAUAUCCCCAAGCGAAUGGACAGGCAGAAGCUGCCAACAAGAGCAUACUGCACGGAUUCACACGAGACUUCUAGACUCAAAGGGUAGAUGGGUCGAGGAGCUCCCGAGCGUGCUAUGGGCGCAUCAGACGACAUACAAAGUGGCAACGGGGGAAUCCCCGUUCGUGCUCACAUAUGGAAGCGAGGCGAUCAUCCCGGUGGAAUUACGCAUGCCCACCUUUAGACUAGCAAACUACGAGGCGUAGGCCAACGAGGGGAGCGCAUACAUGACCUGGACAUGCUCGAGGAGCGACGCGAUGUUGCCUCCAUCCGAUUGGAAGCUAUGAAGCGGCAAGUUUCCAGGUAUUACAACCAGAAGAUGUGCCCUCAUCGGAUAAAGCGUGGGAGCCUAGUGUUGAAAAGGGACUUCAGGCCUAAAGCCAGUGAUUGAAAGCUUGCGCCCAAAUGGAAGGGACCUUAUCGUGUUCCGGAGGUGGUGGGGCCUGCCACGUUCAAGUUGGAGCGCAUUGGAGGCAAGAGCAUCAAACGUACGUGGAAUGCACAGAAUCUCCUAGUUUACCAUGGUAAAGGGGAUGGGGAUAUGUUGGAGUAGGUGUGGGCGGUAGGAUGGAGCAGGCGCGGAUGUUUUUGUGGGAGGUGUGCUGCACCUUGUAUGGUGCGUGUUUUUCCGUAAGGGGUAGACAAGAUAGUAAGUAUGUAAAGCGCACUAAACAUGUUGCGCCCUUACUCUUGUUUAGAUAGUAAUUCCAAAAGCGCCCUCCCAAUUGCGCCCUAUGUUUAUGAAAUUUAAGUCGUAAUGCGCCCUCCAUCACAAUGCACCUUGUGCAGUAUAACGCGCCUCAAUACUUUGCGCCCUAUACACACGAAAUGUGUAAAGCGCCCUAACUACACGCGCCCAUGAGAAACUUGUUAGAAUAAUUUAAGUACAAAGGC